AUGCCGGCUGACUUUGCCCUCGCGAAAGAGUGUCAGCUGUUUCGCAAGGAUGUAGACGGCGUACUGGCACUGGCCGCACAGCUGGUGCUCUCAUCCGCCUCUCCUAGUACGACGACUACGACCACGACGAGCAGCGCCACCACGGAGCAUUCGGUCCCCGCGCCGUCCUCGUCACGGUUGCUGGCUGGCCCGUUAAUCGGUGCGGUGCUGACAGAGGCGCACACCCGCACGCUGCUGCACAACGCGCUGGUGCGUGUGUUAGUGCCCGCGCAGCGCCACGCCGCCCUGCUGCAAGACAACAAAUACGUCCGGCUGGCGAACGAGGCCGAACGAAAGAAGCGGCAAGAGCAGCAGCAGCAGCAGCAAAACCCCUCUGGCAGUGCCAACGGCACAGGCGGGACAGCCACCGCUCCGGUCGCGCCUUUGUCGCUCGAUGCGCAGCAACAGCGGUUUCGUGUAGGCCGCGUCGUUGGUGUGGUACCCAAGCCUGGUGCAAAGACCCCCGCCGCCGGCACCCGCAGCUCGGCCGCCACGGGGGACCCGUCACAGCUGUGGCUGCUCGCCGUCUACGUGGGCGAGUGUGUCGAGCCCUUUACCGUGGCGUCGCUCAGCGAUGACGUCUUCACCGAGGCGGAGCACCGCAUCUUUGUCCAGUCGGCGCUGUCGACGAAUCGCGAGGACGGUAGCCGUCGCGCCAACGUUCUGCCCAGCCAGCAGCCGGCCCUUCUCUCGCGUGAGGCGGCGGCCACGGUGCAGCAGAAUAUUAAAGACAUCCGACGUGUUCUCGCCGUGGCCGACGCCGUCGCUCUUCAAGAGAAGGACGGCUCGGUAGAAGACGACGCAGCAGCAGCUACGGUGGACGCGUACACCGCAGAGAUGCUGCAGCGUGCGAGCGGGGUGAAGCGUCCGCGCGACGGCGACAGCACGCUCUCCACCAACACCACCACUGCGGCUGGGAACAGCACGGCGGACGACGACCAGGACGGUGCAUCUUCCCCGCUCGUCACGUUCCUUGGAAACGGCGCUACCUCGCAGGCCGCGCGACUCGCCCGCCUGACCGACGACAUCGCGGCGCGGGGGCAGCAGCUGCAGCAGCUCCGCCAGCUCCUACAUCAGAAGGAUCAGGAGGUGAAGUCGGCCCUGCAGCAGCAGCAGCAGAUGGAGGCGCGGCACCGCGGCGAGGUGGAUGCGUGGCGGGCGAAAGCCGAGGAGCAAACGCGCUCGCAGGCGCGCGCGGCGCAGGCGGCGGCCGACUCGCUGGAGCAGCGGGAUCGGCUGCUGGAGGAGGCGAAUACGAAGCUGCGACGACUGGCGGGGAUGACGACCAAGUACAAGCAGGUGGUGGACGCAGUGGCAACGCUGCUGAGGCGCAGCAGCAACACCAGUGGUGACAACGGUGGUACACCGACGAGUCCGGACGAAAUCCUUGCCGCGCUGCAGCACAAGUCGCUCGUGUAA